UUUUUUCAAAAUAUGGUGCUAACAACCUUAACUUCUGCUGCAUUACCAAACAAAAAUAUAAACAAUAGCAAUACCCAACAAAAUCCAACAACGUCCUCCUUAAUUUCUACUUUCUCCUUAACAUCAGCCAUAACGGCAAGCGAUGAGCCUUCGACUAGUGCCGGUAGUCCUCAACACAAUAGACUUCAACAACAAAAAUCGAAAAGGCCCCCUCUUUUUAUCAUACCAGAUGGACAGGAGACAGCAUUGCUUACACAUCAUUACCAAAUUUGUGAUAUUAUUGAAAAAGGCCCAAUUUAUACUGUUUAUCGAGCGGUGCAUAAGGCUACAGGGAGGAAUUGCUCUAUUAAAAGCCUUAAUCUACAACGUUUUUCUGCUAUUUCCGGUCUUUCCAGUGAAGAUGCAGAAAAGGAGGUGGAAAUUUGUACAGCACUAACACACCCUCAUUUUGUCCAGCUUGUCGAUGUUAUUUCCGGUUGUAAUGCUCUACACAUGGUUUUUGAAUGGGUAGACGGGCAGGACAUUUGUUUUGAAAUUACCCGGAGGGCCGCUGCCGGAUUUAUUUACAGUGAGGCUGUUGCUGCUCAUUACACUCGUCAACUUGUUCAAGCAGUUCAAUAUAUGCACUCACAGAAUAUUUUGCACAGGGAUAUUAGGCCACACAAUUUAUUGCUUGAAAACAAUGAAAACAACGCGCCUUUAAAGAUACAUGGACUUGGGGUAGCUUUCAGGUUGAGUGAUGAGAAUAAUAAAUGCCCUCCUGGCCGAUUUGGCAUCCCCCAAUUUAUGGCACCCGAAAUCAUUGCCGGUCAGCCUUAUGGACAGUCAGCAGAUAUGUGGAGUGUUGGCGUCGUUCUGUACAUUUUACUUUGCGGAAAAGUGCCUUUUAUUGGAAAACCUGUAGAAGUUACAAGACAGAUUCGUGCUGGAGAAUUUUCGUUUUCUGGCUCAUCUUGGGCUUUGAUUAGCGAACCUGCCAAAGAUUUGUUGCGAAAGUUGUUAAGGGUGGAUGAGCGUGAAAGGUUAACUCCUUCAGAAUGCCUAAGCCACGACUGGCUUGCAAGGAAACAAGUUCCAUUGCGUGUCCAUUUGAUUGAGACAAUUGAAAAUGUUCGCCGAUACAAUCAAAGGCGGCGACUUAAAGUGAUUAAUUAA